AUGCGUGAGCCAUCUGAUGCAUCCGCGGGAGACAAAUUGCUUAUCUUUGGGCAUCACUCCUGCGGGGUCAAGGCCAACAAAUCCCAUUCAAUAAGCAGUAACAUGUCUAGGAAGGCGAAGCAAAAACUAGUGGAUAAGACCACCAAGUUUUCCGAACCCACCGAUGACAUCGAGUCAGAGAUCAUCGAGAUAUAUGCCCAGUACACGGCCGCGGUGGAUGGGGAAGACUUGGAAGACGAGGCAUUACAGCUAGAUCUCACCAUUGAACAGUUACCAGCGUUUUUAGGGGAACUCCAUAUCCCACCGCGCUUCAUCGAGGACAUCUUGAGGGACUUUGAGGCGUACAACCACUACGUAAAAACUACCGGUUCCAGCGUGGUGACGUCGGAAACCGCCGAAACCAACGCUUUUGUGAAAGCCCGCGAGACUGUGGAGAACUUCAUUAUCCCCGAUACGAGAAUCGUCGAUAUGGACAAGCUUAUCGCGCAAACCACCCGCUUGCUCAAGAUGCGGAACCACAAGGAAUACAUCUAUACGAACUGGAAAAUGGUUAUAGAUACCGUCGUAACGGAGACCAAUAAGAUGGAAUCCGUCCUCAGGCCCAAGGUGGACUUGGCUACCUUACAUUCCGAAGAUUACGAGAAAAUGGAGCUUAAUCUCAAGGACUUGCGCACGCUCAAGGCGUACUUGAAGCUCGGAGACAAGUUUCAGGAUGUGGCAUUGAUUGAUAUGAUCUCCUUGUUUGCUAACGGCAAAGCGCACAUUAGCAUCAAAGAUUUCGGCGAGAUCAUCGGGCUCCUCGGAGAAUUAGACUAA